CCCGCACACUCGGUCUCGAGCAGUCCGUUCCCGCGCGCACCCCCAAUUCAAACUGAACGGUCGGAGGCCGCGGGCGGGCAGGGAAAUAAAUCUGACAAUCACACGGAGAGGCAGAAGUUGAUAGAGGAGACGAGGCAGCGUUUUAUCAGCGAGUAUUUACAAGACAAGACUGAGAAAUAUGAUUCCCGAGAUGUUGAAAGACUAAAACAAGAUGAUGGCUGGGUUCAGAGUUAUCUGCAGUGGAGACAUCACAAUGUGGAUGACACAUUGAAAAUGAUCGAUGACAGCUUUCAAUGGAGAAAAGAAUUUUCAGUUCAUGAUUUAAGUGAGUCCAGCCUUCCUCAAUGGACUUUUGAAACCGGAGCUGUUUAUCUUCAUGGAUAUGAUAAAGAAGGCAACAAAAUGUUUUGGUUUCGAGUAAAGUUACAUGUCAAGGAUGCAAAGACAGCUUUGGAUAAAAAGAAGUAUGUAGCCUUCUGGUUAGAACGUUAUGCAAAAAGAGAACAAGGAAAACCUCUGACGGUGGUGUUUGAUCUGACUGAGACUGGAUUAAGCAAUAUAGAUCUGGACUUUGUGAAGUUCAUCAUCAACUGCUUUAAGAUCUAUUACCCUAAGUACCUUUCAAAAAUGAUCAUCUAUGAAAUGCCAUGGAUAAUGAAUGCUGCUUGGAGGAUUGUAAAAUCAUGGCUGGGACCAGACGCUGUGAAUAUGUUGAAAUUUACCAACAAGGCUGAUGUGCAAGAAUAUAUAAAUACAGAAUAUUUGCCAGCACACAUGGGAGGAAUUGAUCCUUUUAAAUAUAGCUACCCUCCAUUACCCGAUGAUGACUUUCAAACACCUAUAUGUGAAAAUGGUCCAAUCCCAGGUGAAGAUGAAUUGGAUGGAAAAGAAAAGGGAGAUGGAGAUAGUAAGGAAUCUGUUGACACUAACACCGUUGAAGAGCCCUUGCAGAAACAAAAAAAGGUUUCUUUCGAUGAUAUUGAACGGUUGGAUUUAAAGACAAGAUCGGCAAAAAAACCACAAACAGUAUUCAGAGGAUCGUUGCUACACAUUAGUCCUGCUGAAGAUCUUCAGUUUGGCUCUAAAGAAAGUAGAGAAACUAAGUGUUUGAUAGUGCUGACAAAUGUGACAAAAAACCCUGUUGCAUUUAAGGUUAGAACAACAGCUCCAGAGAAAUAUAGGGUGAAACCAAGCAAUGGCAGCUUCAAACCAGGCAGUUCACUGGAUAUUCUAGUGUCACUCCAUGGAGGUGUUGAAGCCUCUCCUCAGGACAGGUUUCUGGUGAUGGCAGCUGAAAUGAAUCAAGCUACAGGAGGCAGCCCUCCUGAUUUGAGUCAGUUCUGGAAGGAAAUUUCCAGGGAUCUCGUGAUGGAGCACAGAUUAAGGUGCCAUAUUGUAGAAAGUCAUAAGGCUAUUCCCAAAGACAAUUCCUUUAAAGGAUUUGCAGUUAGUUCCAGCCAAGAGGAUUUGCAUUCAAAGAUGACUAAAUUAAUGGCAUCCAAUAGGCGACUGGAGGACCAAAUUAACCGUUGCAUCUGGUUUCAGCAACUAUUAACUGCCUUGAUUACAUUGUUGGUGGCUGUUAUCAGUCUAUUCCUAUAUGUCCGUCCCCCAGACAAGGACAUACAGUAACUAAUCAAAUUUAUUGACCCCCACAAGACCUUUGUAAACCAAAGUCACUGAUUUUCUUUUUGUUUUGCUUCCAAGUUGCCAAUAUUUCAUAUAUUUAAGGUGGCUUGCUGAACAAUUUUUGUUUAUUAUAACUGCUGUUUUUAAACAAUUUGAUACAGUUUGUACAUUAAUUUUCAUCUCGAGGAAAGAUCCUGUGUAAUGAUGACCAUUUGAAGAGUCAUGAAUAAUUGUGUAAUUUGAAGUCAGUUUGUAAUAUAUCUUGGUGCUACUAAUAGACAUUAACCAAAAUGAUUAAUUGACUGUUCACCCUAAGAAUAUUUGGGUAGGGUUCUGAUGUUCGUUCCAUAAACAAACUUCCAUGUCAAAUUGCCCUUUGAUAUCUGCAAACACUUGCAACGUGUUAUGAAGAAAAAAUUUCUGGUAGUUCCUUCAUUUAUGCGCUAGAUACUGCACUUGUAAGAAUACUUUGGACCUCUGGUAAAUUUAGAUUCUGGAGAGAACAGUGGUUGUUCCUAUUAAGAUGAAAUGGUGAAGGCUAUUGAUGCAUCUAUUUAAUCAAAAAGAUAUUAGGAAGUAAUGUCAUUAACUUAAUAAUUGGUAUUGAGCCUGUUUGGCAGCCUUAUGAGUUUUGUCACUGUGAAUACAGUUAUCAAACAAAUGAAGUCUCCCAGAUUUACUACAAGAUUGUUUCAGCAAACAACAUUCUAGCAGCAUUUAAUUUAGUACACUAACAACAGAUUUUUGAUCUGUGUAAACAUAUGAAAGUUUAAUAUGCUGGAUGACUUUAAACUGUUGUAAAUUAUCACGUUUUCUUGUUUUCCAUUUUGGAAGAUAAUUUUUCUUGAUGUAGGUUUAAUGCUGUGCACCAAAUCAAAGAUUCUGUGCCCAGAGCCAUUUAUUUGAAUUCAUCAGUUCACUUAGUUGAGCUUAUUUCCUUUUGGAAUAAGCACAAGAAGAACCACGUGUGCCCAAACUGAUACAAGGGAGCCUUUGAAGCUCCAAGUAAUGCCAUCUUGUUUGUGUUUAAUGUGCACCUUUCCUUUGAAUUUUUGUUGAUCUGGAAUUUGGAUUUCCAGUGUUUGGUGGUUUUGUGCCCACGGACUCGAGACUCUAGAUUCUGCUAACAUUAUGAAGAAGUGAUGUGCCUCAACAAGGUUAACUGAUUGCCCUAAUUACAAUAUGUCCUGCAGUCUAGUUUCAUAGAGCUACCUGGUUUCUAUUCAAAAUUGUGUGCCACGGACAAUCCUUUACUUGAUGGAACUGGUCAGGUAGUGGCAAUAGAUUACUUAAUACCAAAUGUUAAAGUGAUAAAACUGAAGGUUGUAUUUGCCAUAAAGACUUCAUUUGAAAUCCAUUUAGUGCCAAGUGCAGUAAAGGAUACUUGUAUGUUAGUAAAUGCAUACUGCAAACAUCCGACCAGGUAUAUCUAUCUACUUAAUGAAUGCAAUACUGCAAAUGCUUCAUUGAUAUACAUGUAAUUUCAAAGGAUAGCAGAUCAAAAUAGUGUAUUUUUAAGUUUCAAACAACAUUGCACUGGAGAUAUUUUAACUAAUGUAUAAAAUGUGAAGUUAAUCACUUCAGUAAGCAAGCAAGAGCCUGACUGAAUUGUAGUGAUAGCAAUGUGGCAGUAUUCACUUUACUUUUUUUCCAGAUAUUCUGUUUCAAGUCCAAAUAUUAUGUAGCAAUGGAGCUGAAACUCAUCCAUCGUGAGUAAUCAGCUGAUUAUUUGGGGUUCAUAGUUUAAUGCCAACAGAUAUAAAAGUCAAACCACUUUUAAUGCUGUACUAAAUUUAAAACUUCGAGAGUGAAUUGUACAAUAAUUUGUAGUAUGUUAGUGUACUGAUUAUCAAUAUAAUCUGGCAAUUUAGAUUAAAAUGCACUUUAUGGUAUGAAAUUGCUAAUCAUAUUGCCAUUGACAAUCACUGCAAAUCGAUUGUUUGUUCAUGUUUUAUAUUGUUUGAAAAUAAAUAUUGUUUGUAAUCACAUUUCAAGAACAAUCAAGGUUACUGAUUGUACUGCUUUAAAAUUGAAAAGAAAUACAUUUGUAAGUAAAAUUUGGAAAUUUCAAAUACUUGGCCAAAUAGCAUAAGUAUAAUGCAUCAUUUUCCCCAUAUGUUUUGUACAUUAAAUGUAUGGUUCCUUGUGUUACGUACAAGAUAUGACCUUGCAAUACAAAAACAAAUGUUGUAAGAGGAAAAACCAACAUAUCCCCACAGCACACACUCAUUCCUCACACCCCCACGAAUAUUGUGAACAACAUCUUAGUUUGAUAUCCUUAGAAAACAAGGAAGCAAUAUCUUGUCACUUCUAUUGAAGACACAUUGUUUAUGAUUUUUGUCUCCACUGCUAGCUUGUUAUGCAUAAAAUUGCUUUUGUGCUGUAUGUAUAAAAUACUGAAAGUUUGUAUUUGCCUGGAGGUCAUGAACCAUGCCACCAUUCAAGCUUCCGGAUAGGUUUUAAAACAAGCAGCUGAGGGAUUGAGAUAACAGGGUGUAGAGCUGGAUGAACACAGCAGGCCUAGCAGCAUCAGAGGAGCAGGAAAUCUGACGUUUCGGGCCUACACCCUUCUUUUACAAGACUUGGCUGCAGUAUCUGUGAUUGAGGAGAGAAAGCUCCACUUCUGGACUGGCCUGAGCUGUUAUGUCCUCUGUAGCCUGCUAGCUAAUGUCCGCAAUUAAAGUUGGCAAAGACAUAUGGGGAACAAAAAGAACUGAGGGCUGCCAGGCAAAAAUAUUAGUCUGAUGGAUGAUUUUAAAUGUUAAUUAAGAUCUGUCUUCACAUAGUGGAUCCUCAAUCAUGCUGUGUACCACUAACUCUGUGAAAUAGGAUGAAUUCAGAACAGACAGAGCUCACAGAGAUAGUAAGAACCGCAGAUGCUGGAGAAUCUGAGAUAACAGAUCUAGCUCUACACUUUAUCCAGCUCUACACCUUGUUAUGUCAGACAUAGCUCACAACUGUGAUUCCAUAAGCACCAUGUUGUCACCUGCAACAAGACAUGACAAUCCGACCUAAUAAUUUAAUAUAGCCCUCAUUUCACCAUCAUUCAGCUGGGGGACCAUUCCGUGUCCAGUGAAGAAUGUAGUUAAGCAGCUAACCAGAGAAUAAUUAUGGAGCCCAGCAUGUUAGUGAAGGCAAAAUAAUUUGCAGUUAUCUUCAGACAGAAGUGCAGAGUGAUUGAAUCAUCUCUCCCUCCUCUGAUGCAUCUAUUAUCCCAGAUACUGGUCUCCAGACAAAUCAGUAGUCACCAUGUGGUAUCAAGAAAAGGCUGAAGGCAUUGGCACAGUCAGCACGGAGAUCAAUAUAUCCUGCCGAUAAUACUGAAGAUGUCUGCUCCAGAGCUAGCUGCGCCUCUAGCCAGUAGCUACAGCAGUUGAAAUUAGCCAACUACCACCCUAUCAGUCAACAGCGAAGUGAGGGAAGGUUUUAUUGACCAUGUCAUCAAGUGGUAUUUGUGUAUUGGUUCAUUUCUGUUCCAUCAUGACUACUCAGCUCCAGCUCUCAUUAUAGCAGUGCUCCAAAAAUAGAUAGUGCUGAAUUUCAGUGGUGACAUGAAAAAUCCCUUGCCAUCAAGGCACAAAUUGAUGCCUUUGGAAUUGACAAGGAAUAUCCACAGGCUAGAAUCAUACCUAGGGCAAAGAAAAUGGAGACUGAACAUCUUGGCCUCAGGACUUUGCUGCAGGAGUUGCUCAGAGCAGUCCUUGCCUCCAUGAUGUAAGCUAAUGAUUACAAGGCAUUCACUACUAAUCAUGAUUCCUUGUGCUGAUGCAGCCCAUGCCUAUAUGAAGCAAAACCUGAUCAAUCUUUGGGUUUGGGCUGAUAAAUAGCAUGAAAAACCUAAGCCGUACUAUUGCUGAGCAAUAAUCAUCUGCAACAUGAGAUUAACCAUCUUCUCUUGAUGUAAAGUGGCACCCUGGCAGUACCAUCUUGCAGAUCAGAAUAGGCUUAAAAACAAUUUGAUCAGCCAUACAAAUACGCAGAACAACAAAAGUGGGUCACAAACAGAUCAUUUUUAUGCUGUGUCACUCACCAAAGCCUUUCCACUGCCUAUAGGUCACAAGUUCACAAUAUUAUAUUAAACUCAUCCAGGAAAGGGAAGAGUAUCUUGAGUAGCGCUCGACUCUCAACAUCGCAGCUUGCUUAAUCAGUACAUCAUUUACUACCUCAAACAUUCAUUUUAUCCAUCCUACUGCACAGUGGCAGCAAUAUGUGCCAUCAAGAAGAUGUGCGACAGGAACUCACCAAAGGUUUUUUGACAGGACGUACUGAACUAUUGCUUCUACUGCCUAAGAGGACAAGCGUAGCAACUUGGAAUGUCACCAUGAUAAGUUUCCCUCUAAGUGUCACACUGUCUCAAAUAUAUAUCACUCAAGUUGUUUCG